AAACUAAAAAAAAAAUUAUAAUUUAUAAUCAGGAUUAAGUCCAUUUAAAGAAAAAUGAUUACACAGAUUGCGAUUGAGAUCUCGUCUGGUUAAGGUCAAUGCUGUGUUUAUAUUUUCUAUUAUUAUUAUUUUUUCCGAAAAUUUGUCUGUAAAUACGAGCAAAACUUCUAGAAGCAUUAUAUAUAAAUUAUAAUACCAUUAUAUUACAUUGUGAUGUAAACAUAAUCACCGUUCCUGGGUUUCAGUUAUUUUGUUCCUUCUCUUUAUGGACUAGUUUUAUUAGGAAAAUAAAAAACCGAAGGGGAGUUAAGAGAGAGUUUUUGCAUUGGGUAAGAAUCAGCUACUACUUUGAGCUUGGAAAUUCAUUGAUUUUCUAUCGUUAUUUUCUGGCUGCGUUUCCGAAGAGGAAGAGAUCCAUUCAAAGGUCAAUGUGGUGUUUUCGUAAAGGUUGAUAUUUCAGGAUUCUGUUCCGUUUUCUGACAAUGUGAACAAGAGAAAAAGCUGUUCCUCCUCGGACUGCAACAAACAGAUGCUACAUACAGAGUUAAAGCCCGGUUAUUAGAGAUAGAGAGAAAUAGAGAGUAGGUGGAGCAGUUUGAUUAUUUGCCAUUUUCAGGGAACUGCUUGUUCCUUCAACCUUCUUGGUUUUGGGUUACAAAAAGGAUUUCUCUUUCUGGAGAGUGGAGGAGGGUCUAAUUGCAAUUUGUAAAAAGAUCUGCUUAAACGGGGAAAGCUUUGUUCAUUUUUGUUGAGUUUUUUUACUCAAAACAACAACUUUAUCUGUUUGUGGUUACUAUUCAAUUAGAGAAAGCUACUUUAGUUGGUUUUUGGUAGAAAAAAAGAAAACCUUUUUCUGAGUUCAUAUUUGUGAUGCUUUGUGUAUUGUAUCUAAGUUCUGAUAAUAUAGCUGUAGAACACCCAUAGCUUAGAAUAUAGGGUGGUCUAUUUAUUCAUACAGUGCAGAAAACAGUUUUGGGUCAAAAUUUCAUGGUCUAUAUAGUAUAGAUUUUCAACUUUUGGUUCUGUUUGUGUAAUUGUGGCCAACUGGGAAAGGGCAUUAUUAGUUUUUAUCUUCUGGGAUUUACUUCAGAGAAAGAAAAGAAAUAGCUAGCAGUGUUUGAAGAGGGGAUUUUAUAAAAUGGAGGAAAAUAACAAAGAAAUGCGAUCUUUGGCCUUGACUCCAACAUGGUCUGUUGCUACUGUCUUGACAAUCUUUGUUGCAGUGUCUUUGCUUGUGGAGCGCUCGAUCCACCGUUUAAGCACCUGGUUACGGAAAACGAAGAGAAAACCCUUGCUUGAAGCAUUGGAGAAAAUGAAAGAAGAGUUGAUGCUGCUUGGGUUUAUCUCUCUGCUUUUAACAGCUACCUCAAGCUUGAUAGCCAAUAUUUGCAUUCCUUCAAGGUUCUAUAAUAGUGCUUUUGCUCCAUGUAAAAGAUCUGAGAUUGAUGAUGAGAAUGAGGAUCAUUCCUCCCAUGAACGCAAACUAUUGAUGUCUUCAGUACACACAGUUAGGAGAGUAUUGAAUGGCAUUGAUCGAAAUACCUGCAAAAAGGGUCACGAGCCUUUUGUUUCCUAUGAAGGUCUUGAGCAGUUGCAUCGCUUCAUCUUUGUUAUGGCAAUAACACAUGUAUCCUACAGUUGCUUAACGAUGUUGCUGGCUAUUGUUAAGAUUCACAGUUGGAGAGAAUGGGAGGAGGAGGCACACUUGGAGCGGCAUGAUUCGUUAACUGAGAUGACAAGGCAGUUGACAAUGCGGAGACAAGUAACCUUUGUAAAAGCCCAGUCAUCAAAUCCAGUGGUAAAAAAUAGUUUUCUCGUUUGGGUGACAUGCUUCUUCCGCCAAUUUGGACGUUCAGUUGUUCGUGCGGAUUACUUGACUUUGCGCAAUGGUUUCAUAAUGAAUCACAACCUCACGCCAAAAUAUGAUUUUCACAGCUAUAUGAUUCGAUCCAUGGAAGAAGAGUUCCAAAGGAUAGUGGGUGUGAGUGGUCUUCUAUGGGGAUUUGUUGUUGCUUUUAUGCUGUUUAAUAUAAAAGGUUCCAACCUAUAUUUCUGGAUUGCAAUCAUUCCAAUAUCGCUAGUUCUUCUAAUUGGCACAAAGCUGCAGCAUAUCAUUGCAACCCUGGCACUAGAGAAUGCUGGUUUAAGACUUCAUGGAGAAAGGAUGAGGCCAAGGGACGAUCUUUUCUGGUUUAAGAAGCCAGAGCUUCUGUUAACACUGAUCCAUUUUGUUCUAUUCCAGAACGCGUUUGAACUGGCUUCGUUCUUUUGGUUUUGGUGGCAAUUUGGUUAUGAUUCUUGCUUCAUUCGGAAUCAUUUGCUUGUGUAUUUAAGACUGAUUUUGGGGUUUGCUGGGCAGUUUCUCUGCAGUUACAGUACCUUGCCACUGUAUGCAUUGGUAACUCAGAUGGGAACAAAUUAUAAGGCAGCCCUUAUACCAAACAGAAUAAGGGAGACAAUUCACGGGUGGAAAAAGGCAGCUAGGAGGAAAAGAAGGCUUGGAAUGUUCAAUGAUGAUUCUACUAUACACACGGAUGCAAGCACAGUAAUCUCGGUUGAGGAAUAUGAUGAUAAUCAUUAUCAUGAUCACCCGGAAUCUGUAACUACACAUAAUGGAAUAGAAAUGCAGCCAGCUUCUAUUAUUCCAGUCACUGAGGUAAGUGCGAAUGAAACUUCAAGUAGGUUAGGUUCGCCUCUUCUUCGACCAAGUAUUUCAGUACCUGCAUCUGCUGCACUGGAUGUUGAGGGAAAUAAACCUUCAAGAUCUGUUUCAAUGCCAAUGAGAAGAGAAUGAAUCAUCCACAAAUUGACACGAUGACGACAAAGAAACAUAAGAAAUUUACUAUGUUGGUGAAUUUAGUAGCAUAUCAACUAUAUUAAGUUUUAGGAAAGGAAGAUGUAUCUAAGAGUGAUUUUAAGUGUGAGAAAUUUAUAAUUGUCACCUUUCCUUGUGCUUUCUAAUAUUAGCAUGAAGGAUACAAUCAUACAAGUGAAUAGAAUACUCUCUAGGCAUGUAAGUUCAGCAUACUUGUUAGCAUUACUGAAAUGAAUAUUUCUGAAAUAGAAUGGCUGAAUUUUGAAACGUUAAA